AUGGAACCUGCCACCAGCCGUGCUCGCACUGACGAAGAAACUGUCGAAGUUACUUUGGAGCAAUUUAUGUCCAACUACCAUGCUGCUAGCUCUCUUGAAAGCAUUUCUCAGGCUGCUUUGAACCAUUUGCUGGUGAAAACGUUUGUCCGUGGACAUGUCAACGGCCAACCCCAACCCGUAGGUCUCUCUUCGUUCAUUGUCAAUUCGCAGCCCGAGUUCCUUUUCGACGUCGACUCUUUUGUGUACGUCUGCGACUGGGCCCAGCCACAUCAUAACAUUCCUUUCACCUUCGCGAAUUUCGAUGUGUAUUUUCGACCAAACUUUAAUUAUUCCGUUAAGAAGAACUUAGGCCUUGCCUGCUACUACAAUGAUGCCCCUUUUGGUUCCGGCAAGCUAAGUGCUUGCCCGAAUGUUAACUUGGCCUGUUGCGGAGGUUUCUUUGUCAAUGCCUGUUUUCCUGCCUUGCGUCAGUACUAUUGCGGUACCGCCAAUCGUUCCGUAAUUGUAGGCGCUAACGGUGGCUAUGUCCUCAAUUAUAAGUCUGGUAUUAGAUCCGGUUAA